UGUGUUUUGUCAACCGGGGCCUGUCGGUCAAACUGGCUUGCCCUUGAAAUGGAUUGCAAACCGAAACCCUCUCUCUCUCUCUAUAAAAACCCCGAAGCCUUUUCUCAUUCUAACCUGCUUCGCUUUUGAUCACCUUUCCUUUCCACCCUCUGUCUCUGUUCUAGUUGUUUCCGGUGGCCUGGGAUGGAGCUGGGCUUGAGCUUGGGAGAGGCGCCGGCGAAGGCAUUCUUCGCGGCGCAGAAGGCUGGGGUGAAGGCCACGGGAGGGCUGGUGUUGGGGUUUGGCAUGGGUUUGGGAGUUGGGCUUGGAGGAAGGGAGGAAGAAGAGGAGGAGGAGAGGGGAAGAGUGGAGGAGGAGGAAGCGAGGGAGGAGGAGGAGAGAGAGGGGGAACAGGAGAGGGGUUCUGCUGAGCCCCCGGUGCAGCUUAACCUCCUUCCUCUCGCUCCUGUUCCACGGCGCUCCACGCCCCAGCUCGGGUUCCCUUGGGCGCCGGAGACCAGAAAUUUGGAGGUUUCGACGCGGGGGUUCGACGUCAACCAGGCGCCGUCGGCGGAGGUGGAGGAAGGGGCGGCGGUGUCGUCGUCGCCGAACAGCACCAUCUCUUCAUUCCAGAUGGACUUCUCCGCCGUCAUGGGCCGCGGCGGCGAGAAGGGAGUUACGGCCGCCGGCCGGAGCGAAGGGGAGGUGGAGAGGACUUCCUCGAGGGCCAGCGACGAGGAGGAGAACGGGCUUGCAAGGAAGAAGCUCCGCCUCUCCAAGGAACAGUCCGCCUUCCUGGAAGAAAGCUUCAAGGAACAUAACACUCUUAACCCGAAGCAAAAGCUUGCUCUGGCUAAACAACUAAAUCUUCGACCCCGGCAAGUGGAAGUCUGGUUUCAGAACAGAAGAGCCAGCUGCGAGACGCUAACGGAGGAGAACCGCCGUCUCCAGAAGGAGCUGGCGGAGCUACGCGCGCUCAAGACUUCCCACCCCUUCUACAUGCACCUCCCCGCCACCACGCUCUCUAUGUGCCCCUCCUGCGAGCGCGUCGCCUCCACCACUACCACCGUCCCCCCCGCUGCCGCCGCUAACGCUGCUUCCGCCGCCUCCACCGCCGCCGCCACCACGGCCGCCGUCGCCACCCCCGCCGCUGACAACCGGCCGUCCUCGUUCGCCUCCCUAUUCUCGAAACCCCGCUUCUACUCCUUCCAGGCGCCCCACUCGGCUCCCACCCACCAGCCAUCGGCUGCCUCGUAAUCGCCGGUCCCGCCUCGGGUGGUGGUUCUUGUAAAUACUGACGACGUAAAGGCCUUCUUUGGGUUUUUAAUUUUUACUUCAGUCCUUUUUUUUUUUUUGGUCGAAAGAGAUGGAGGUUUGGGAGAUUUUUAUGUGGAUUCUCUUGUUCCUUUUCCAGAGAGAGAGAGAGAGAGAAUGCUGAUACUGUUAACAGACUUUGCUCUUCUUUCUUUUAAAUAUAAAAUCUCGGUUUAUUUACCUGGA